AGGAGUGACGUCAUAACAUCGAUUGUGCGCGAGCAGAAGUGACGUCAUGACGUCGAUUGUGCGCGAGCAGGAGUGACGUCACCGCUGUCAUUGAGGAGUCUCAUUCAAACUUGUGUAAGGUGGUUUUAUUUUUGUUUAUAAACUUCAACAUUCCGUUUUUUUAAUCGCGCAGUUCUUCUUGAGUUGUAGUCACCGUGGGCAAUGUUACUUUUGCUCGUUUGAGGUAAUAAACGGUGGUUAUCGCACCGACGUUUUAGCUGUGGUCCGAGAUGACGACUCGUCUCGUAGGCCGAGGCUUUUUUCGUUUUUCCUGGCGGCGUCGCGGGACCGAGGGGACGAGGCGCGGCCAGGCGAGCAUCGGUAGCGCGGGAGAGCGCCGGGUGAUCCUCUCGGGCGUGCAGCCCAGCGGAGUGCCUCACCUGGGGAAUGUCUUUGGAGCCAUGGGGACAUGGAGACAGCUGCUGAGACACGGGGACACACAGGGUGAGACACAGGGCUCACUGUCGAUGUUCUGUGUGGCUGACCUGCACGCGCUCACCGUGACCCCUGACCCCGGCUUGCUGCGGCGUCGCUGCCGCAUCACGGCGGCCGCCCUCGUGGCCUGUGGGGUGGACCCAGCCCGGAGCGCCCUCUUCCUGCAGUCUCAGGUCCCAGAGCACACCGAGUUGUCUUGGAUCCUCGGCUGCCUCACAACCACAGCCAGACUCAGCCACCUGCACCAAUGGAAGGAGAAGAGUCGGGGCCUGGCGGACCUUGGGAGCCUGGGCCUCCUCACCUACCCGGUGCUGCAGGCGGCCGACAUUCUACUAUACAGGGCCACGCACGUCCCUGUGGGUGAGGACCAAGCCCAGCACCUUGAGUUGACGCUCGACCUGGCCCGGGCGUUCAACCACCGCUACGGAAACUACUUCCCUCUCCCCCAAGCAGUGCUCAGCGACUUCCCUCGGAUCCGUUCCCUGCAGGACCCCUCGUCCAAAAUGAGCAAGUCCCAGCUCCCAACUUCCUCCUCCUCGUCCUCCUCCUCCUCGUCGUCCCCCGCCGGACGGCCCGGACGCCGCUCCUCCCUGGGCUCCGUGCUGAUCUCCGACUCGGACGCGGCCGUGCGCCUCAAACUCCGCCGUGCCGUCACCGACUCCCUGCCGGGCGUCUCGUACGAGCCGGCGGCGCGGCCCGGCGUCUCCAACCUCCUGGCGCUGCACGCGGCCGCCCUGGGCCUGCGACACCCCGGCCUGGUGCCGUGCGGCGGCGGCGGCGGCGGCUCCACGCCGCGGGGGUACAAGGAGGAGCUCGCCGAGGACCUCCUCCGCCUCGUGGUGAGGCCGCUCCGCUCGCGCUUCCUCCGCCUCAUGGCCGGAGAGAGCGUGCCCUCGCUGGACGGAGGUGGAGGAAGCGGUGGCGGUGACUUGACCUGGACGUCCCCCGGAGACUACGGCGGCAAGGAGUUUGGGUCGUGUGAGGAGGAGGAGGAGGGGGACGAGGAGGGGAUGGGUGAGGAGGAGCGUGGAGAUGUGGGAGGAGACCUCUCUCGGUGGGGGUUUCUGGGACGCGUCCUGGAGGAGGGUCGGGAGCGAGCGUCCCGCGUGGCCGCCCACAACCUCCGGGAGGUGAAGCUCCUCGUGGGGUUGGCGCCGUGACCCAGUCCACGGCGCCUCCCCACAGCGGCACUUCGCCUCCGUCCUUCACGAGGCACGGACGGAUGCUGAAUAUCGCUGGGGUCCCACUCAUGCACUGACCCCGCCCACUCACACACCCAGUCGCCCAAUCACUCACCCACCUACUCACCCAAUCACUCACCCACC